GCUCUCCUGCUCGCACACGUGUGCACUUGUUAAUCAAACCACGCAAGAAAAACAAACCAGAAGCUGCGGCAGAUGCCCAGAUUUGAAGCCAAGCAAGUGAUUACAUAAGCAAUUAUUUCAGCUAUGAAUUUCGCCGGAAAAGUUGUGCUAAUAACCGGUGCUAGUUCCGGCAUCGGUGCCGCCACAGCGCUCAAAUUCGCCAAACAUGGCGCCUGCCUGGCGCUCAACGGACGCAAUGUGAAAAAUCUGCAACAAGUGGCGGAUGAGUGCAGUGCCGCUGCUGGCGGUGUCAUGCCCACCCUCGUUGUGGGCGACAUCAGCAAGGAGGCAGACACGGAGCGAGUGUGGCACGAAACCAUACAGAAAUUUGGCAAACUGGAUGUGCUGGUUAAUAAUGCUGGCAUCAUUGAGACGGGCAGCAUUGAGAACACCAGCCUGGACCAAUACGAUCGCGUGAUGAACACCAAUCUGCGUGCCAUCUAUCACCUGACCAUGCUGGCCACUCCGGAACUGAUCAAGACUAUGGCCAAAUUUGUCCACCUUAUCCUGUGUGAAUGGCUACGCUCGUUUCCCGGCGUGCUCGCCUACAAUCUGUCCAAAAUGGGCGUGGAUCAAUUCACGCGCUGCGUCGCCUUGGAACUAGCUGCGAAGGGUGUGCGUGCCAAUUGCGUCAAUCCGGGCGUAACCGUUACCAAUCUACACAAGCGCGGCGGCAUGGAUGAGGCCACUUAUCAGAAGUUUCUCGAGCACUCGAAGAACACUCAUGCCCUAGGCCGACCCGGCACCACCGAUGAGGUGGCCAACGCAAUUGUAUUCUUGGCCAGCGAUCUGGCCACCUUCAGCACGGGUGUCAGCCUGGCUGUGGAUGGCGGCCGACAUGCCAUGUGCCCGCGUUAAUUGUAGCUGGAGCAGUGGUUGGGUGUCCAAGAUUUUCAAUAAGACAAAUUGGAAAAUACUGGCGACAAAAUUGUUUUGCCUUUUACAGUUUUUUAUAUUUUAAAGUUGGUUUGAAUUUUGCAUUUUGAAUUAAGAAAAUGGAAAGCAUUUUUUUUUUUAUUUUUGCUUUAAUUUUUCGAUCAAUCUAAAAUUCUCUUGCCUAUUCAUGUUCCAAAAUAAACUAAGAUACUCAUCCAAAUUCUGGCAAUAGAAAACUCAAAUCUGGCCAAAGAAUAUUUGAUGCAUUUAUUUUGUGUCUUAAAAAUAAAGCUGCACAGAAAUUGAA